GGAAAUAAUAAUACAAAAAAUUAUCAGAAAAUAAAAAUAAUAAAAUAAAUUAAUAAAAUAUUAAAGCAUGAAUCGAAAUUCACGGCCUUGUGAGUCUCUCUCAGUCACAGCUCAGAGUAUGAGCACUGCAUAGAUCUGGGUCGUGACUGAAGAGAUCUACGUUGUUUCUUUUCUUGUCUAUUUCAGGCUGAUGCAAUCUAUGCACUGAAGAUUACACUUUUGUACUCAAGUUUUGUCAUUUGUGUUUUUUUGUCUCACUUCAUUCAGAGGUCUGAAGGCUUGUUGCUUUUAUCAUGUCAAGGAGGCCAGUAAAUCCAUCACGUCGGUUGGCUGAUGGGGGAAGUAUACCGUUUGUGGCAUCUAUCCAGUCUAAAUCUCAGAACUCUCCCCUACUAUCUAUUGGGCUUGUAAUUGUGGGUGCAAUCCUCCUGAUCGGUUAUUGUUACAGCAGUUCAGGUGGAGCUAGCAUUGAUAUUAAGGAUGUAAAUAAACUUGAAGGUGGUGCAUCGUGCACAUUUGAAGUCCUGCAAGCAUUGCCCUUUUUGAAGAAAGCAUAUGGAGACAGCAUGCAUAAGGUUUUGCAUGUUGGUCCUGACUCUUGUUCUGUGGUAUCUAGUUUGUUAGUAGAAGAGGAUACUGAGGCUUGGGGAGUAGAACCAUAUGAAUUAGAUGACGCUGGUGCAAAGUGUAAAAGUCUUGUACGCAAGGGCAUUGUGCGUGUGGCUGACAUAAAGUUUCCUCUACCCUACCGUGCAAAGUCAUUUUCUCUGGUCAUUGUGUCAGAUGCAUUGGAUUACUUAUCUCCAAGAUAUCUGAAUAAAACCAUGCCAGAGUUAGUUAGGGUAUCUGCUGAUGGUGUUGUUGUCUUUUCAGGUUAUCCGGGUCAGCAGAGAGCAAGAGGUGAAGUGGCUAAAUUUGGUCGUCCAGCCAAAUUGCGUAGCUCCUCUUGGUGGAUAAGGUUUUUCUAUCAGACUAGAAUAGAAGAAAAUGAAACCGCUGCAAAGAAGUUUGAACAAGCUUCAGCUAAGAAGGCAUACAAGCCAGCAUGCCAAGUUUUUCACCUCAAAUCAUACCCUUGAAGUUUUCACUGUCUCAUUUGUAUACUCUACUCAAUGGUUAGAAGCCAUGCUGUGGAGAUUGGCAUGUUCAGCACCCGAAGGGUAAUAGUUCCAUACAUCCUGUUGAAAUUAUUUUAGUCCAAUUGUGACGAAAUAUUUUGGAUUCAAUUAUGUAUUUUAUUGGCAACCCCAGUGUAAGCUAUUUUUGUCUUGAUAGUGUUCCAUAUAUUUUGUUUUCACAACUGCUAUUUGUUUAUUUAGUAUUUACCAUUUAGAAAACUAUCUCAUUUGUCACUUUUUAUGACUAAUAAUUUAUUUCUACUUUACUUGAAGCACGUUAUAUUAUCAUAAAGCAGAAUGUUUAUGUUGCUUCG